AUGGCGCCCUCCACCGUGAAGCCGAAAGGCGGCUCAAAGAAGCCGAAUGCCAAAGCCAACCAGGCCGCGAAAGCCACUCUAAAAGGCGUCCAUUCCGACAAGGCGCGCAAGAUCCGCAAGUCGACGACCUUCCACAGACCGAAGACGCUCGUCCUUUCCCGAUCACCCAAGUAUCCUCGCAAGUCAAUCCCUCACGAGCCACGGCUGGACCAUCACAAAAUCAUCGUCCACCCCUUGAACACCGAGAGCGCAAUGAAGAAGAUUGAGGAGCACAACACUUUGGUUUUCAUCGUCGACGUCAAGGCCAACAAGCGACAAAUCAAGGAGGCUCUCAAGAAGCUAUACGAUGUGGACACAGUCAAGAUCAACACGCUGAUCAGACCCGAUGGCAAGAAGAAGGCCUUCGCCAGAUUAACCACGGAUGUGGACGCGCUCGACAUUGCGGCUACGAAGUUGUCCAUUGUGUAG